AUGUUGAAACGUGUGUCGGAAGCGGCUUCACGUGUCGAAGUGGAUGCGGCAGAUAAUGUUAGACAGACUGUGGAGGGGAUGGCAGUCGCCAAGGAUUCAAUCAGCUUUUUAACGUACCAAGACUCAGAUUCAGAUCCAUCGCAGUUAUUAUUGCACAAACACGGGCGGAUUGGGAUGAGCGACAACCUGAAAGCAAACUUCGAUUCUGUCGCAUGCGUCAAUCCCAAUGCGACAGAAACCUGUUUGAAUCACUUUUCGAGUACCGAUGAAAUAUCUGCCAGAGCUCUCGUAUCUUACAAUCUGUCGCUCAAUGGCGCCUUAUCACCCUUCUCGGGAAUUUACGACGAUGUGUCUUUUCCAUUGAAAACUCUGUUUUUCCCUCCAGCCCCACCAAACGAAUUUCCGCCGCGCGUGGCUCCACCCAGGAAUCUUUUAACACCCGUUUGGAAGAACGACUUGCGCAAGGCCGGCCUGCGCGAGCAACAAGCCCAGACCAUGAUCAGCAAAAUUUGGCGUGGGAUUAUGUGUAGACGACAACAGCGUGUGAUUCGGGUGCAUCAAUCGGUAUUGAACCAACGCGCGCGUGUGAUUCAGUGUUGGUGGCGUACCUUUCUCGCCCGCAGGCGCAAUGGUCAGCUCCUCAAUCUCAAAAAUCAGUGGAUCGAAAAGCGCACGAACGAUUACGUCGCCGAGCGUUUAACCACCAUGCAGAACAUGAUGACCUGGCAGCGCAGUCGUUACGACGGGGCCGCGACGCGGCUCCAACGGGUCAUUCGAUGGUUCCUGCGCGAACGUGAGCGGGAUCGGUGCCUGCGGGUGCACAGCCUGCCCGAAGAGGAGUGGCCCCCGGCGCUGAAGUUCCCCAUUGCGAUCAAACGGAUCAUUUACUUCCCCUGGCGUCCCCGUAAUAACCGCCUGGAUGACGACCUCCCCAGUGACUCCCUCUCCGAGGGCAGGGGGGAGUUGGCGGAGUUGAACCAGAACCCCUUUGACUUUUCCCCGGGCAGUCACGAGGGCCAUCCCCAACUCUCCACGGGGGCCAUUAAGACCUUCAUCACGGGUAAGCGCACGCUAUUACAAUUCCGCAAGACCCGCGAUCUCAUCGUGCCGAUGUCCUGGGAUAGGGUUCAGGCAGCUAACCAGGCCUCGGAGCGCCAGGCGCAGGAGCAGGCGUUGGCUUUGGCCCACCCUUUUGUGCAGUCCCGGCUGGAGUGGAAGCAGGGGCACUUGGACGGGUACGAUCUGGACUUCGGCGCCGGGGUAAUUCAGCGUCGCUACCGUUCUCAGCGCUCCACCGUGAAGCUGCACACAACACAGCUGCGGCACGAGUUUAUGGAUCGUGUAGUGCGCAUAAUCUCUCGCACGUUUCGUAUGUACAUUCUGAUCAAACGCAUGAGGGAAAACUCCGAGAGGAACAAGAGGAGGCUGAAGUCAAAGAUGGAUGUGUACACACGCGAGCGUAUUGGGGAAAUCGACCGUGAGAUGGUAUGGGGGAAGGAAUUGCUUAAUAUGAGUGCUGCAACGAUCCAAAGUUAUUGGCACUGGUAUCUGUACCGUACCCGUGGUGAAAUGCCAAAGCGUCGACAUACACCCCCUACACUUGGCGAUGACGCUGAUCCUGAGUCGGUUGCAUUUCUGAAGAAAUUGCAAGAAGUAACCACACCCAUGCCACCACCAUUUCAUUUAAUUGAUUCCUUUAUCGAAAAAGAAAGAACACUGCUCAUGGAGUCGAUGAAUUUGAUUGAGCGAAAUCGUAUAAGGAGAGAGAAAAAUCAUCGUUACACAGAGUUCAUACCACAAAGGGUAAAUAGAUACCAGAUCAACGUCCACCUUGCAUAA